AUGGCUGCCGUGGAAGAGCUGGCCCAACGGGUCAAGAACGACGAGAAGUGCUUCAUUGAUACUGAUGCGGGUAAAGAUGACGAGACCGCCGAUGGCUCCGAGUUUAAGCCCUACAAGUCGUUGGCCUAUGCCUACAUCCAGAACUUCGAGAAGCCCACACCUCAAUACCAAAUUCGAGCUUCCGUCACUGGCCCUGUCGGUGCCGACGAAGACCCUUCCGUCCGACUCUUAUGGAAGGAACCCGCCAAGAGCGCCGUUAAGAAGGCUCAGGGAGCACUUGACGCUCAUAAGAAAAAGCUUCAGAAGCAGCAAACCGCCGCCGCCGCCGAGGAACAACUGAAGAAGCAGAGACAACAGACCCUCGAGGCUGCGAAAAAGGUGGUGAUCAAACAGGAUGAGUCACUGCCGAAACCUCUUAAGAUCAAGAUCGGCCGUAAGGAUAUUGAGCUUGGAGAAGGCGAUAAGAAAGGAACGCGAGUUAAGGUAUUCGGACGGAUUCACCGUUUGCGAGUACAGAAGCAGGCUACCUUUAUCACCUUGGUCGACGGAUAUGGCCAGCUGCAAUGUAUUUUGGCCGCUGGUGACUUGACCAAGACCUACGAUGCCUUGACCUUUGCCCAAGGAACUUCGCUCGCACUUUAUGGUGAGAUGCGCAAGGUACCCGCCGGACAGACGGCCCCUGAUGAUCGAGAGUUGCAUGUCGAUUACUACGAGGUUCUGGGUGCGUCGCCGAGCGACGAGGAGGCCAUCACUAACAAAGUCUCUGCUCAGCAGAACCAAUGGGAUGCCCAGAUGCUUGACAACAGGCACUUGGUCUUGCGAGGCGAGAACGCUUCUGCUCUCAUGAAAAUCCGUGCCGCCGUAGAGGGAGCGUUUACCAAGGUCUACGAAGAUCUACAGCUCACAAAGGUCUCGCCGCCGGCUCUGGUUCAGACUCAGGUUGAAGGCGGUGCUACCCUCUUCAGCGCGCCUUACUAUGAUGAGAUGGCGUACCUUACUCAGUCGUCUCAACUCUACCUCGAAACCGUCAUUCCUAGUCUAGGAGACGUCUACUGUAUCGAGAAAUCGUUCCGUGCUGAGAAGAGUUUGACGCGUCGUCAUCUUUCUGAGUACACCCACAUCGAGGCCGAGCUGGAUUACAUUGACUUCGACGAGCUGUUGGACCACCUCGAAGAGGUUAUCUGCCGCGUUAUCGAUAUUGUGCUAGCCAACCCUACUAUCGCUGCGCAUCUAAAGGAGCUUAACCCUACCUUCGAGAAGCCCUCUCGCCCCUUCUUGCGCAUGAAGUAUAGUGACGCUAUCGACUGGCUUAACGCCCAAGAUCCCCCCAUCCCCAACGAGGAGGGCAACCCCCACGUGUUCGGAGACGAUAUCGCGGAGGCUGCUGAGCGUCGGAUGACGGACAUUAUCAACCGACCUAUCUUUCUAACGCAUUUCCCGGUAGAGAUCAAGGCCUUCUACAUGAAGAAGGACCCUUCAGAUUUACGAGUAACCGAAAGUGUGGACUGCUUGAUGCCUGGUGUUGGUGAGAUUGUGGGCGGUAGCAUGAGGAUGGAAGGUUACGAUGAACUUCUCGAAGCAUAUAAGAAGCAGGGCAUCGACUCCAAGGACUACUACUGGUACACUGACCAGCGAAAAUACGGUACUUCUCCUCAUGGUGGAUACGGUCUUGGACUUGAACGAUUCCUUGCUUGGAUUGCUAACCAGCACACCGUCCGCACGACUUGCUUGUAUCCCCGCUUCAUGGGACGAUGCAAGCCUUGA